GGAACCAACAUUCGCUGUCGUUGUUUCACUCCGCGACUUGUUAUACGGGAUCACACCGGAAGUCGCAGGAUUUGUGGCGUGAACUUCGUUUCUUUGUUUUUUAACUUCCAUUAAAACUUUUCACAUCUUUGUCACCCUGAGAGGGCUGGCAUCCUAUCAACAAUGACAGACCGGUACAACAUCCACAGUCAGCUGGAGCAUCUUCAGUCAAAGUACAUCGGAACUGGACACGCCGACACCAGUAAGUGGGAAUGGCUGGUCAACCAGCACAGAGACUCUUACUGCUCCUACAUGGGACACUUUGACCUGCUCAACUAUUUUUCUGUGGCUGAGAACGAGAGCAAAGCGAGAGUCCGCUUCAACCUGAUGGAGAAGAUGCUGCAGCCGUGUGGACCCCCUGCAGACAAACCUGAAGAAGCUUAGACUUUCUUCUUCUUUUUUUUUUUUUUUUUUUUUUUUUUUUUUUUUAACUUCAGCGUAUGUCAACACAGGUUUUUUGUUUGUUUUUGUUUUUUCCUCCCAUUCAUGACUGUAGUUUGAUGGAAACUUUUGCCAAAGACUGAUUGAUCUUCAUGGCAGAAACAUUAUACUUUAACACCAGAAUUCGGACUGCAGGGGACCCUGUCCUGGUACAAACCCCUCAGCACGGUCGAUGAGUCCUCUUUCCCAACAGAAGAUUUCUGGAUUAAAUUUUUACAUCAUUUACUUUUGCACUGUGUAAAAGGUUUAUUCUCAUUUGCAGUACAGCGUUCUCAAAUUGUCUUUGAGAACUUUUUUAUUAAAACCAGAGUAGGAAA